UUCAGAGCAACAGCAGACGGCAGAGGAGCAGUGUGUGUGCACACGUUAUAUAUACCUAAACCUGAAACCUAGGUUGAUUACCUCAGAGGAAAAACGACACGUGCGCGCAAAACUGGAAAAUCGUCAAAGGACGCGCACGUAUUACCUCUUUCUCUUCCUCUCGCUCAAACCCUCGUUGACUCGUUCCCCGAAUCCCCGCAGCUCCUAUAGGCACACAUCACAAUAAGUACAGCGGCCACAAUACUGCUCUUUUUUUUCGGGCUAACCACCUAAAUCAUCUACAGGUACAAAAUCUCGGGUCUUGAAAACAUCGUGCUUCAUCAUCAUCUGCAGUGCUGUCUGGCUAUUUUUUGUCUCCUCUUCUGCUCAGCAGCAACGGAGAGAGACUUGUGCAGGGUGACGACGACGACGACGACGACGAUUUAGCAGCUCCAUAACCUAUGAAGACGAGAUUGUCGUAGCCGCCCGGUCAUCAGUGUAGGCGUAUAUGCAUUUGUGCGCGUAUAUUUGCGUAUAGCAACAGUGUAUCAUACAGCAAAGACCAACCGGGAAGUCUAGGGUAUACUGCAGCGUGGAGGAACGACCGUAGCAGAGAGGCAAUAGCAGAAGAGACCAAGCCGAAGAAUACGGAAAAAAAAGAGCAGAGAGAGAGCGAGUGUGUGAUAUACAUAUAUGCGUUGCACAGCGCCACACGGGUUACGGUGAACGUUACGACGACGCCGGGGAGGACGACAGACGGCGGGGACCGCCCGUACAUACUUUCAUUACCUAUAUACAAUCUAUACUUACGUUCUUACGUACUGACAUGGUGGAAUAAGAAUAUAUAAGCACCGAUGCUUGCUGUCUGCAUACCAACGCAUAACAAGUAUACAAGCGUACUCCAAAAUACGUUCUGUCGAGGAACAUCGUAGCUACUUUAUAUAGAGCAUUGCGAGCGAGAUAGAAAGAGGGUACGCUCUGCGUGAACGUGAAGACACUGAAGACACACGGACGAAAGAAAGGACACACACGCGCGCGCAGCACACGUACUACGACGACAGCAUCAUCUACCCCUGGGGCUGGCUGCUUCAGUAGCAGUCCCGAGGCUCUGUUUGUUGAGGAGUCACCACCGCGUGCAAGCUGAUGAGCCCACGUUGAGCAACUGUCUCUGGAAAAUUAGCAAAAGAGGACGAGAAGGUGGAAUAAGUAGUGACGACGGCGACGGCGAUGAUGACGACGAUGACGGCGACGAGAGUGGUGUAGUGUGUUGUGGUGUAACGGAGGAGUUACUUAUAAAAAAAAAAAAAAAAAAAAAAAAAAAAAAAGACGGCGAGGGGUAUCCGGCCGUACACGUCGCCGCAGACAACGCCUCUUUUCUCCGUGCUUGUGUGUACACAAGGAGAAUUGUCACCGUAGCUUUGACUCCGAGAGUCGACUACGGUCGACAGUCCCCCUACGGAGUAUCCACACACACGCGUCUGCAGAGGGUGGAGAGUUGCGUACAGCUGGUGGGACGGCGUACGGCUCACUUGUUUGCACCUGGAUAUCACUAAAGUGUGUACCAGUACCAGUAGCAGCAGCAAAUUUCGUCAGUACAGUGCCGAGGCAGCAGCUUUAAUUAGUUUUGAAAAGUGUAGUUACAUUUAAGAAUUUGUGUUUUUUCUAACAGAGAGAAGAAAGAGCAGCUACAGCCGAAGAAACAUAGGUUAAAGCCACAACACUUCAGUGUCACAUGUAAGGAAGAGUUAAAAAUUUUUAGUAUAGUGCAUCAAGUCUCUGUAGAGGAUAAAAAAAGUGUGUUUGUUGUAUGUUGUACAAGUGCUUUGGUUCUACCGUUCUGUUGUUAGUGUUUAGUGCAAAAUUGAUUUACACAUAGCAUAUCAUUUGCAUCUGCAAGUCUCCACUCUCCACUGAGAAAUAUCAGCUCCACAGCAGCUGCCACACAAGUUAGCCAGGGAUGUGUUGCUCGAUGGUUAUUAGCUAACACAGUCUCAACAUCAGGGAGAGGCACAUUCAGAGCAGUAUUGUUGUCAAACCAGACAAUCAUUUAGGAUCCACGGUGCCUCCAGUCCAAGUGAUUUCGCCAUGUCAUCAGCUACCUUUGUGGAUCGAAUAGAUCCUUUUGCCAAGCGCUCCCUCAAGAAGAAAUCCAAAAAAUCUCAGGGUGCCUCCAGGUACCGCAACUCUCAAGAAGUGGAGCUACAACAGCUUCCCCUGCUUAAAGAUGUUAAUCCGUCGGAGCAGGAGGAACUGUUUAUCCGAAAGCUCCGGCAAUGCUGCGUGGCCUUCGACUUUUUGGAUCCGGUCGCGGAUCUCAAGGACAAGGAAAUCAAACGCAGCACCCUCAACGAGCUCGUCGAGUACAUUACCACGGGUCGGGGGGUACUCACCGAAGCCGUCUAUCCCGAAAUCAUCAAGAUGUUGCUAGAUUUGUUCGACUCGGAAGAUCCUCGGGAAAGAGACUUUUUGAAAACUGUCUUGCAUCGCAUCUACGGGAAGUUCCUUGGUCUUCGAGCCUUCAUACGCAAACAAAUCAAUAACAUAUUCCUCAGGUUUGUGUACGAAACGGAGCACUUCAACGGGGUUGGCGAACUGCUGGAGAUCCUGGGCAGCAUUAUUAAUGGAUUCGCUCUGCCUCUCAAAGUCGAACACAAGCAGUUUUUGGUCAAGGUGCUGUUACCACUACACAAAGUUAAGUGCUUGUCGUUGUAUCACGCUCAAUUGGCUUACUGUGUGGUACAAUUUCUCGAGAAAGAUGCUACUCUGACGGAACCUGUCGUGCGAGGACUCUUGAAAUUUUGGCCUAAGACAUGCAGUCAGAAGGAGGUCAUGUUUCUGGGCGAGAUAGAAGAGAUUCUGGACGUAAUAGAACCUAGCCAAUUCGUCAAAAUUCAGGAACCCCUGUUCAGGCAAAUCGCGCGCUGCGUCUCGUCUCCGCACUUUCAGGUCGCCGAAAGAGCACUGUACUACUGGAAUAACGAGUACAUAAUGUCGCUGAUCGAGGAAAAUAACCAUGUUAUUAUGGGAAUAAUGUUCCCAGCACUGUAUAGAAUAAGCAAGGAGCAUUGGAAUCAGACGAUCGUGGCGCUUGUUUAUAAUGUUCUUAAAACAUUCAUGGAGAUGAAUAGCAAGCUCUUUGAUGAGCUUACUGCCAGUUAUAAGUCUGAAAGGCAAAAAGAAAAGAAAAAGGAGAAAGAGAGGGAAGAACUGUGGAAGAGACUGAACGAACUAGAGGUUGAACGACGCCAAGUUCUCACAACAACGUUGUCAAACCCAACUACUAAUGCAAACACGAAUAUGAAUACCACUACCAAUACAAACGCAAAUACAACCACGAAUAUGAACACGAGUGCAAAUGCAAAUGCGACUUCAAAUACAAACACUCCAGUUCCUGCCUCAACUGCACCCACGACGACGCGUGCUCGCCCAUGAGCUGGUGGACUCACUACCACGCUGCCCAACUGUUAGUCCUUAGUUUACGUCAGUUGUCCAUUACAAUAAAUGCAUAAAAUUAAGAAAAAAA